ACUCCUCGGGCAAGCCUCUGACUACUCGGAGACAGCCGGAGUAUUCGGUCCAGAAGGAAAAGUCGUCGCCGGCCUCCGACGACUCGACACUGUCCAAACUCGAGACAGCACUCAUCGGACUGAGCCGGCUGGGCUGAUGGCGGGGCCGGGUGCGCUCUGGGAGGCCCUCUGGGCACUCCUGCCCCGCACGAAAGAGGAGCUGAAGCUGGAGCUGGGAGAGAAGGUGGAGGGCAGCGUGGUGUUGCUGCUGCAGGAAGCCGCUGAGCUCUUCUACGGGGACAGGAGGCAAGAGUGUCUGCAGACCUGCGAGGCGCUGCUCGACUACUCCUGGGAGAAGCUCAACACAGGGCCCUGGCAGCACGUGGACAAGGGCUGGCGGCAGGUGUACUCCUUCAGCUGCCUCCUGAAAGCCGUGUGUCUGUGUGCGCCGCCGGGGGAUGCUGCUUCCGUGGCCGCCGCCCUGAAAGCCUGCGACAUGGGCCUGCUGAUGGGGGCGGCCAUCCUUGGGGACAUCCUCCUUAAAGUCACUGCCGUCCUCCAGAAGCACCUGCUCUCUGGAAAAAGGCCCGCCUCCGGCCCGAGCCAGGAGCCGCUUGGCAUAAAGAAAGCAAGGAAUGACCACGUUCCGAUUCCAGAUAUGACGUCAGAAAGCACGGUGCCCCGGCUUCACUGUCCAUCCCUCCAGUAUUUCAGGAAGCAGUUUUUGGAUCCAGGGAGGCCUGUGAUCUUGGAAGGUGUGGCCAACCACUGGCCGUGCAUGAAGAAGUGGAGUCUGGAGUACAUCCAAGAAAUCGCUGGCUGCCGCACCGUCCCAGUAGAGGUCGGUUCCAGGUACACGGACGAGGAGUGGUCCCAGACGCUCAUGACUGUCGAUGAGUUCAUCAGCAAGUACAUCAGGAAUGAGCCGAAGGACAUCGGGUACCUUGCUCAGCACCAGCUCUUUGACCAGAUCCCGGAGCUGAAGCAGGACAUCAGCAUCCCCGAUUACUGCUGCCUGGGUGCCGGGGAGGAAGAGGAGAUCACCAUCAACGCCUGGUUCGGUCCCCAAGGCACCAUCUCCCCGCUUCACCAGGAUCCCCAGCAGAACUUCCUAGCCCAGGUGAUGGGCAGGAAAUACAUCCGGCUGUACUCCCCGCAGGAGUCAGAGGCCCUGUAUCCUCAUGACACGCACCUUCUUCACAACACGAGCCAGGUUGACGUGGAGAAUCCCGACGUGGAGAAGUUCCCCAGGUUUGCCGAGGCCCCAUUCCUGUCCUGCAUCCUGUCUCCGGGAGAGAUCCUCUUCAUCCCGGUGAAGUACUGGCAUUACGUGCGGGCUCUGGACUUGAGCUUCUCGGUCAGCUUCUGGUGGUCGUAGCCCGAGAGGAGGGUGCCCGGCAAGCAGACGCGCUCGUGGUCACACAUCCUCCGCCCUGUGCCCGGCCCGGCCUGCGCCUAAGGACUCCCUCGCCUUGGCACACGCAGGGCAAGGGGUGCCCAGGCCAGUGUGGGCAGCAUAGGCAGGCGGGGGGGACCCCAAAGGGACAUUCCCGGCCCACAACCCGCACAGAAGCUCCGGGGCUCUGAGGUUGGCUGCCUGGAUUCAAGCCUGGCCCUGUCGCUUAACCGCUGCGUGAUGUGGGGCAAGGAACUCCACUGUGUCUCCAUCUGGGGAACAGGGCGGCGCUAGUCCUCACCACAGAGGGCUCUGGGGACGCGGUGUGGGCAGAGCUGCGCUACAGACCUCAGCCACUGUCACCAGCCUUCCUGAUUGUAAAUACUGUUGUAUUUACUGUUGUAAAUAGUGUUGUAAAUACUGGCCUGUCGGGACAGCCAUGGCCUGCAGGCUCUGGAGCAGGGUGGCCAUGGCCUGGUCACGGGGGUGCUCAGCUCAGGCCUCUGCUGGGCAGUGGGGAGCCUGGGGCAGUUUCUGUCUUGGUUACUGAAGUGUAACCUGCCUUCAGGGAAGCGCACAGCCCUGCCAGCUUGGCGAAUUUCCCACUCCACACGCUCCCAGCAGCCAGGAACCACCUGGCGGCCCUCCUGCCCCUUGCUGCCGCCAUCGCCCGGGACCACUCCUCUCUGAAAGAGGGUUUUAGGCCAGGAGAGAGGCCCAGGCUUCAGACUUUCCAUAAACACGUUUGUUUUGUUUGUAUAAAACAUGGGUGGUUCUGUUUGAAUUUUGACCAGGUAAGGAUGCUGGGGGCAGGGGUGUCACAGACCUGCAGGAACAGCUGCGGAGGCGGCCCAGGGCCAUGCCUCUACCCACCAGGCCUCUCUCCCUCCGUGGCCACCUCAUGUCUGCUGGUCUGACCUUGGCCUCGGUCUCUUCCCUCUUGUAGGUAGCCUUCUUCCCGGGGGGAGAAGAUGGCCCCAGCAGGUCAACUCCAGAUCCCAGCACCUCUACCCACAGCUCAGAAACCUCAGAGAAGGUUCUGACCAUUGGGCCUGGGACCUUCGCCUAUUCUGGGGCAAUGCCGUGGGGCAGGGAGUGGCUGCUCUGAUUGGCGGGGCCUGGCUCACAGGCCCCCCCUGAGUUACUGUGAGAAGGGGGGUGGGAAGCAUUGAUGGGCAGCUAAAACUAGCUACUAAUGUCCUCUGUAACCAGGCCAAGGAAUUUGAACCUUAUCAUGUAGGUCUUGGGGCUUCAGCGUUUUGAGCAGAGAGAUCAUCAGAACAUACGUUUGAUUCUCGGUAGGGAAGAGGAGGGGCUGAUGGGCAAAGCUGCAGGGAGGCCGUGGGUGAGCCCGGGCGAAUACGAGAGCUGUUUAGAAAGGAAUUGAGGGCUCUGUGAGCAGUUGCUUGUGAGGUCGUUUAUUCCCCUACCCAGCGUUAUUGAUAGUUAUUUACCUCAUUUUUCAUAUGAAGAAUUUAUAGCAAAUAUCAACGCCGCUGAAGGCAAUCAGGCAUAAAAUAGGGAUGCCACCAUGCCCACAGGCUCACCAUCAGUGAGGAGACGGGCUGCAGACGAGCCAUAACUCCAGGGCUGCCUGCAUAACCCCCACUCCUUCCUUGGCUCCAGCUCCCACGGUGGCCCAGCCUUUAGGACCCCAUCCAUCCCAGCUGGCAGGUCCCACUCCUGACAAAAAGCGGUUCUCCUGUAACGUCAUGGUUCUGAAGUUAGGGACUAGAGGAAGCGUUCAUUAAAACAUAUUGAGGCCUGGCCGCCUCGAGCAAGUGUCCCUUGUCAGAUGGGAAGAUGAAAUCUUCAUCUGCUCUCCGGGCAAGUCUCCCGUCUUGCUAGUAUCCCCACUGGAGGGCUGGCUUCAGCUCUGAGGGGUGUGGACUGAAGGCGGCUUAGAAGAAAGGUGCCAACCAGCUGCUCGCAGGGCCAAGGGGAGGUACGGGCAUCCACCCACUGGAGCUGCAGAGAGGCCUGCUCAACACCGGAGUCCUGUGCCAGGCAGGGCGCGGCAUCGAGCAGGAUGGGGGCCUGCCCUCCUUGUGUUUCAUGCUCUUGGGGGGGUCCGGAGAGGAGACGGACAAUAAAAUUAGUAGUGCGGAUAGUGAUAAGUGCCAUGAAGGCAAGAGAACAGGGUGACGGUGGAAUGUGGCAACAGGGGAGGGAUUGGGGACGUGACUUUCAUAGCUGACGUCUGAGUAGAACCUUGAAGGACCUGGAGUCCAGAACUAACACUGAGAUUUGAGGACGGUGCUCCCAGCAGCAGGUGCAGCAGCCCCGAGGCAGGAAAGCCUUGGCCUUGGGAGAGAGGAAGGGGCUGGUGCAGCACGAGCAGAGGGCGCUGAGGGAAUGGGGAGGGCAGGGCCUGGACUGUGGCAGCGGGGGGAGGGAUGAAGGUGCUAAGCAAGGAGAGACGAGGGCUGAUCACAUUGCCGUAUGAGAAGAGCCCAAAGGGGGAGACUGGAGGCCGGAAGAGCGGUCAGUGUCCCCGGUCCAGUAAUCCCUGGAGUGACACGCUUGGGGCACCAGUGGGAGGGCAGAGCGGUGGGAGACAGGCUGUGCCUGGGGGCGGCAGGGCCGGAUCACCAAGGCCUUGAGUGCCAGGCAAGUGCUCUGGAACUUGGGGUUAGGGCUUUGGUUGGGCCGUGCCAAGGGGUCCUCAGGAAGUUCAUGCUGGCGUCACCGCAGGGGAGACUGGCAGCAGGAGGGCAGUGUCCCAGCGGCAGGUGCUCACAGCUUCCUUGACACCUGCGUGGUGUGACCCUGCCUGGCCUUGACCGCCCAGCCACCUGCCCGGACAGGCAGGAGGGCCACGGCGUGCUGCUCUGCUUUUGGGCCCUGGCCUCCAUUCCCCCUUGUCCGGAACAGCAUUGUGGAGGAUGCCCUUCCUCCCAGGAAUGCAGCCUUGGAGGGUGUGUCAACCCGGAGCCCUUCCUGCACCUGCAUCUUGAGGGCGCAUUGGGAGGACGAACAGAACAGCCGGAGCUGCUGUGCAGUGGCUGCAGUCCCCACCGUGACCGGGGAGUGGGUCUUCCCCGCCGGAAUCCCCGAGCCCAGGGUCCAUGUUUUCUCAGACCCUCCCAAGAAACCCCCUUUCUGGGUAAGCUGGCUGGGGCUGGUUUCGGUGGCACAGCUGCGCCCACCCGCCCGCCCGCCAGUCGGGGCUCCCGCAGGGCUUCACCCAGGCUUGUGUUUGCCUUCAGAAGGCUGGCCCAGGGGCCGGGCCGGCGCACAGCUGAGCGCCUCUCGCUGCCUGGGGGUGGGCCUCAGGGCCCAGGCCGGACCCGGGUCCCGCCCCACAGCGGGUUGAUGCAGGUGAAUCGGGCAGAGGGUCCUUGCCGCACGGGUGGAGGACACCCCACCCUUUGGGCGCCCACAUUCAUUCCCUCUCUCCCAGGUAACAGCGUCUUCAAUUUGCUUAGAGAACCUCCUCACUCAGCCACGUGGCUCGGGAGGGGCUGCCCUACUCACGGCUCAGAGGUGGCCCAGGCCGAGAGUGCCCAUUGGACUAUCCCACCCUCCCCCACAGGUAUCCCGAUUGGAUGUUUGCUGGGAUGGGGGCGCCACUAAAUGAGGCCCGCCCUCUUCCUCCUGACGGCGGGGCCUGGGUGAGUGAGGCCUGCAAGUAUGGAAGCCAUUUUGCUACCCUGAAGAAAGAGGCUGGAUUUGCUGGAAGACCGUGUUUUAGGUGCCAGCGUGAGGCCAACACUCAUGAUAACAGGGCAGAGAGAGAAAUAGGAUGCCUGGUGACAUCACUGGAACCACUAAGUCAAGCCUCUCCUGAAGGACCUCCUCUGGCCAAGUCCUUCCUUGUUUAAGCCACUCUGAGUUGGGUUUGCUGUCAUGACUGAAGGGGUCCUGAUUGAUUCUGGGAUGGAAGGGAGGCGAGACAGGGAGUCAAAAUAGUGCGGCAAGUGUGAUGGUCAGAGACACGCGGGGAGGUGGGGAACUGAAGUGGAGGUGGUGACAGCCUAACCAAGAUCUAAAGGGUGGACAGGUGUUGCCCGCAAGGGCGGGAUACACGAGGGGAGGGCAGGCAGGCUGGGGAGACGUGUGUGCAGAGGCCUGGCGGUGAGGAACACGAUGGUUCGUUCAGGGACAGAAAGAAAUGCCAUGCCCUAGGAAGGUAGGAGGGGAGAGGGGCUGCGGUACAUGGGGCCCCAUCGCGUGGCCCGGGCCCGCGGGCAAGGGCAGUCAGCAGGGGCGUGCCAGGCCACCUGGCAUGGUGGGAAGGUGACUCCGCGGGAGAAGCCUGGAGCCGGUGGGUGACGCCGUUCAGGCCGGUGCGUCUUGGGCCAAGGAGGGUGCAGCCCGGGGGGCGUCGGGGGGCCAAAGCCAAGGCCCCCACAAGCCCAAGUCGGGCCGGCCAGUGUGGGUGGGAUGGGUGACCACAGCUGGGGACCGAAGGCAAAGCCGCCCUGAGCAAGUGGCCUCGGACGGUGCUGGGCAGGAGGAGCUCUGCCAGCCUCACUCCGGAGCCCAAGCCGGGGGGCUCCCAACUCUCAGUGAGCUCCAGGAAAGAGGGGCACCCAACCACAGAUGAGGCCGAGGUGGCUGCUUAGUAAGUUUAUUCCAAACCUGUUAACAAGUGAACGUAAAAGAUAAAGGAGGUGAAUCACGGGAAACACGAAACUGAUGCCUCUCUUCCAAACGGGGCGUGCCGGUCACUCCCCUGAAGGCGGUGGCCGGCUAGUGCUGCCUGGAUCGCAAGGACCUUUUGUUCGAUUUGGAGAUGCUGGCCUCCCUCUCCUUCUCGGGGUCAAAGACUUCUGUAUGCAGAAAAGCCAGAAAAUACUGUGAACGGUGUGGCCGGCUGCCAUCCACAGCCACGGCUGUGUGCCAAGGACUCUGUCCUAUGGGACAUUCUACUCUCCAGGAAGGCAGAAUUAGUCCCAGUUGACAGAUAAACAGAGGGAGCUGGGGACACCGCUUAUACCUCCCCUCCCGAGACAGCUGCCGGGGAGAGAGCCUCGUCUACACCAGACCCUCACAUGCCUCAGGAUGUCUACCAGGGUCUAGGGAGCCCUGUGGAACAGGGCAAGCAAAAGCUGGCCUCAGCUUACAGCAGAAGCUGCUUCAGCGUGUGCAGCUCGGGUCCUGCGCACACGUGGCAGCUCUGUUGGCGCACCCUGCCUCCCUGCCCCCCGUGGCCCCUCAGGGCCACGCACCACAACUCGGGCACGCUCGCAGCCCUGCCAGCCCAGCCGCCCAGAGGCCAGGAGGAGACAGCGGCUUAGGGACACGAACCUGGUAUCUCGUGGGGCCAGUAGUCGUUACAAUGGGGGCAGCGCGGCUCCGAAUGGGACUGGAAGUACUUGGCCACACAAGGCAAGUGCAUCCUGAUUCCACAGGUCUCGCAGCUUUGACCCUGAAAUGAGAAAGGUGAUGGCCGUGGAGCCCGCCGUGUUCAUAAACCUUCAGGAAACUGCAAGGAAAACGUCCCGCAGGCUCAGUAUUUUUGUCUUCUAGGCCCCAGAUUAAUAAUAAGAACAACCCGUAAGUCUAACUUAGUGCAGUGAGUUUUAGUAAAGAAUCUGACGAAUGAGCACACGGGGAGGAAGCUCAAGGCUCCAAAGGCCGGAGCGCGGCAGCGAGGGCGGCAGGCCAGGCCCUUGGAGCAGCAAGGCUAGUCCCAGGCUCCCAGCACGUGUGGGUCCUGCAGUGGGCGUGAGGACGGCCGCUUUGCAGAAGGCACUUUAGCAACGUGGAGCAAAGCUUUCAACAGUCGUGUGUGCACUCUGUUCCAGAAACUCCACUCCUAGUAAUUCAACCCAAGAAAACAACCAGGUGCCCAAGGAUGGACGUGCAAAGAGGCCUAUCCCGGUGUAGGUGACGAUCGCAAAAAGAUAAAAAGGAAACAAACAUCCAGCACCGGUCCAGCUGCUCUGCUCUGCAGCCCUACAAAGUACACAGGGGAAAACAGAUGACAGGGAAACCAUGGUUGAGACAGAAAGGUGUUCACCACACAGCUGUUGAGAUAAUAUGGACCACACAGAAGACCUCUGAGAGCCUUAUCUGGAAAAAAGUAGAAAGAGCCCUGGGACGAGAACAGAGGGACCAGGGAGGAGAGGCGGGCCUUCGUGUGCUCAUCCUCAGACACUUCUGCGGAGACGCCCAUCUUCUGCUCACGCUGGAGGAAGGCCUGGGGCCCAGAGAGAGAGUUCUAGAAAGUACCCGUCCCCGGCCCUGCGGUACCUGGAUGAGGAGGCUGUGACAGAUGGUGCAGACCUUCACGGCGUCGGGGUACGUCUCCCGGAUGUACUGCUCCAUCUCCAGGAUGGCCCGGCCGUGCAGGGUGAACUCCCCUUCCUUCUGCAGGGACACAACAGGAAGACGCAUCUUUUAUGAAACUGGCACACCUGGCCCUCUUCCCACCCUGUAUCUCUGCUCCCAUGGCCCGAGGCCCAGAAACGGGGAGAGGUCCACAUGCCCCUCGCCGCACACGCUUUCACCAACCCCAGUCAACAGGCAUCCACGCCGGCCUCUUGCAGAACCUCUAGUGGGGAAAACUUAGGUAAGACCUAAAAGGAAACCGAGGCAAGGACCCCCGCCCCCGCAUCUUCUUGGCGCCUUCCUUGUGCCUUCACAGACGGGAAUCACGGAUCUUGCACGGCAGCCCCACGUGUGAGGCCUGCCCAGCCCCCCCAGAUGAGGACAGAGGCCGGGAAAGGGAGGCAGUGAUCCCACAGCAUGAACUCCACCCCCUACCCAAGCGCCCACUUCUUCCUCUCCUCCCCAGAGCCCCCCAGCCCCACCCCCAGGGAGCAGCACAGCAGGUGCCCCCAGCCCUGCUGCCUGGAGCCUCCGAGGGGACCAUCCGUGAUCACUUCCAGCCGCGCCACUUUACGGGCAACGCUGGAGACGGUCCAGGGAGGCCCCCGGCGUGGCUGGGUGGCAUGGCUGGUGGGGCCUCCCGGUUCCCCCAACCAGACACGGUGGAAAGCCAGGACGUACAGAAAACCUGGCUGCGGUAACUACCCUACGGCCAGCUCACAGGGCAGAGGCAGGGGUCACAGAGGCCCACGGACGUUUAUUCAUGAAAGCCGACUAGUGAAGCAGGAGAUGAACCUCUUAACCGUGUUCGUUCCCCUCCGCUGUCCGCGCUGGGGGAGGAGGAGCUGCCGGUAGGGCUCCUGGGCAAAGGGCGCUGGAGGGCCGGUGGGGCCGGUGGGCAGGCCGACGUUGCAGGCUUCAGGAGAAGCCACUACCGAAACCUGCGGCUGCUGGGUCAGCCCAGCACUCCUUCGUGUCUCCGCUCUUCUCCACCUGACGCCUGCAAUGAGCGGGGCCCACUUCACACCCCCUCCCCACCGUAAGCCAGCCAGGAAGUGCAUUCACUCUGGGCCUCCAGUGGCAGGUGGGCCACCACCCAGAGGGAGACACGGCAAAUGGGCGCAGUCAGAGAGCAGGAGCGCUGACUGUGGAAAGCAGGGCGGGCAGGCAGGACGCAGCCCGGGGACUCAAACAAGUGGACGGGGGCCCGGCACGAGGCGCUGGUGUCCCGUGCCGCAGGCUGUCGGGCCAGCCAGGAAGUGGACAGGAGCUCCGUGCCCCUCAGGUGCUGGGCACGGGAGGGCGGGCCUCCCAGGCUGCCCUGGGUCCUGUGGCUGCUACCUUCUCAAAAGCUCCCCAGUCCGUAACAAUGCUCCAUGUCCACGGCCACCCUCCCCCUCCUAACCGCCCUCUGGGCCCACCCUUGCCCCUCUGCAACCCUGUCCAGCGACCUGAGCUCUGCGAGGCCCAGCCCUGUGAUGCUCCGCCGUUCUUAGGCUGAAGAACCAAACCCCUUACUGCCCACCUCCAGGCGCACCUUGUCCCCUCUUCCAGAGCGCCCAGCCGCAGCUCCUUGCGCCCACCAUGCCCACUCGGGCACAGGCUGCUCCUUCUGCCCUGGACCAUGGUCCCCACCCCCAGUCCAGGUGCCUUCUAUCCAGCCUUCAGCUGAGUGUCACUUCCUCUGCAGAGGGAAGGUUCCUCUGUUAGCGCUGUCAUAAAACCCUGUUUCCUCUCUAUCUGUAAAACUACUUCAGCGAGAUGCGGGGCUGACCUCCGGCUCCCUCCCCAGACCGUGGGCCGGCCCAGUUUUGCUCACUCUGUGUCCCCAGCACGUGAUGCGAGGCCCAGCGCUUGACAGUGCUGUGAUAAACGUCUAAGGGAAGAGUUGCAUCGACCCUUGCAUCGAUCCCAAUGCAAGCCCGAGGCUGGGGUGAGCAAGUUCAAGUUCAGAGUCAGGCUCGAGCUGCAGUUACUAAACGUCUUCUAGCUGCCUGAGACUGCCCGGUGCUUACUGUUCAUGACCCCACUCAUCCUCAGGGCCCCGUCACCGGGACAGGCGGCCUGCCCUGGAUUUCCAAGGAAGACCCAAACCCAGGUUAUCUCCCAGGCCUCACAGCCAUCCUUUGAGCUGGGAUCCUGCAGUGGGGACUGGUCCCUAGGGUGUGCAGAGAUGCAGCUGCCAGCAGACACCCAAGCUCCAAGGAUCAGUGCUUUCUCUGAGGCCUCCUCCAUAUCUUGGGGCUCGCCUGCUGACCCUGACCACCCCCUACUCCGCGGCCCCCUGAGGGGCUGCACAGGUGCCUCAGCACCUCCGUACCCUGUGCAAGGCCAGGGCGGACGGAGCCUUGCGCAGGGUACCGGGCGCAGGGUACCGGGCAGGGCUCUCCAGGUACUUUCGUAACAAAGUGCCGCCAGGUGACAUUCCCCCACAGCGUGGCUUCUGAGGAAAGUCCCGUUUCUGAGAGGCUGAGGAUAAGACUCAGACAUGGUCCCUCCGGUCAAGGUGCUGCCCCAGGAAGACUGGUCGGGGAACUGGCCAGCACUCACCUCGCAGCCCCUCAGCUGUUCCUCGAAAAGUGCCACAGAACUCACCACCACACCCAUGCCGACCACUUCAGAAAGCACUCCGCCCUCGCUACACAAACACCUGCGUGCCACCACCGUGCUCAUCCUUCAGACGGGAAACAGGCUCAGAGGCGAGAGGCCACUGCCAGAGGUACUGGCAAGGCCAGAGGAGGACCCUGGGGUGUCUCACCACCAUGCCCUCCCCCUCCUCCCGGGUCUGUUCCUUUGUCCACACGAGGCCGGAGGGGUCAGUCAGCACAGGGGGUCCCCGGAGGCCGUCGGGGCUGCGGAGGCCAGCGCUCAGGGAACCCUCAGCCCUGGAAGGACGCACCAGCACCUCCACUUCACUGAGGAAGAAGCAGAGAGCACAGGAGGCAGGGCCCAAGGCAAGUCCAGCGGACCCCAGAGGCGUCCUUUCCUUCUGUCGUCCCUGCUCUGGGCAGCAAAGCAUCAGUGCCGGUAAAGUCGGGCGCACAGCCCUGCACCGUGGUGGGACAGCACCUGCAUGUGCGAGACACACAUGACCACCCUGCGGCCCAGAGCCGGGCACAGAGGCUGCGCCUGGGCAGCAGAGGGCGAGCUUCGGGGGAUACGACGGGUGUUCGUACCCACACAGUCCCGUAUGAAUACUGCUAUUUCCUAAUCUACGACGAUUUCUUGUAUUAUUUUGGGGGUAAGUUUUAGAUAAAUGCUGUUCCCCUGGAACUUCAUCUACCCAGCCGGUCGCCGUUCAGGAAGUAGUACCUCCAGGAGUGAUGAAGUACAACGAUGAGGUCACAGUCCCCAGCCUUAGAAAGCCUGGCCCGAGGACACAGCAUGGUCAGUUAUGACCCGCGCUGCCCGAGAACAUUCCAUAUCACCAGAUCCACCCCAGAGAGGAAGAACUGUGACAAAGCAAUUGAUGGGGACCUGCAGUCACCCAAGCUGGGGCCUGAACGUGGCUCUGCCACUUGCCGGGUGUGGGACUUCACCCUGAUCACAGAGCUGCAGUGGGUUUAGCUACAAAACAGAGCUAAGGGGCUCCCCGCCCUCACAGGGCGGCUGCGAGGACCCAAGCACGUGCUGCGCAGACACGCCCAGAGAUGCUGGCAGCUCCCCCUCGCCCCGCCCUCGCGGCUGUGGCCUCUUCAGACAUUUCCUCCCAUCAGGCAAGUACCUCAGGCACUGAACGUUUCUGGUCAGGCUACCAGGGCCCGCCCACCCUCUGAGAUCAGUAAGUCAGAACACUGUCGCCAGGACUCCAGAGGUGAGCUCCACCCCAAAAGGAAGUGAAGCAUCGUGUCACCACAGCAGCGGCCUCCCACCAAAUGAGGAAGUUGAGGGACUGUCUUGGCACGUCCUGCCCAGACACAGGCCCCCGAGGGGCAGGACUGUGGUGCACGAGGCAGCGCUGAGCCUGUCUGACUCGCAUUUCUUGGAAAUGGUGGUGUGUUUGUGGAAAAAGAACUGAAACAUCUGACUGCUCCAGCCAACAGAAUUAGACACGGGGCAUCGAGAAACUUGAACCUCUCAGAUUCCUACAGCUCCUCUCCAAACGCUUAUCUACACGUCCCCUUUGCUGUUUAAGGGCCACCAUCUAACUGAAAGAACCCCACAGCGCUGGCCCUGGGUAACAUGACGCUGGCAACGAUAACCAGGACGGGGACGGCGAUUCCCGGGAGGGCCCAACACUGGCACCCAACACGGCGGCUCGCCCCGCCCCCAGGGGCGCACGCCACCCCCACAGGAACACGGGGGCACCCGCGCCAGGGUUCAGGCCCAGGGCUGACGCCAGCGCCGUGCUCCUGCGCGCCACACUACGUGGCCUGCCUGGGAGCAGAGUCUGGGGCCCACGGCUCUGCCGCUUCCAGCUGGGGCUCCCCCGGGUCACGUGAGUGAACAGGAGGUUCCAGUCCUCCUCGCAGGGUCACUGUGGGCCUCAAAGCAGAGAAGGAACCCAAACGGGCCUGGCUCAACAGACGUCCGUUAGAUACAAUAUGGUUUUGGAGGAAAAACUGUGAUUCAUUCUAAAAAGUGAGCCAAGCUGGAAAAUCCACGGCACGAAGUACCUCAAUCAGCCAUUUGUUUUGUACGAACUUCUGCAGCACAUGCUCGGCUUCCUUCUUCCUCAUCUUCUUGCCCUUAAGCUGAUCAACCAGGUUCAAAAUAUUUGUGGAAGAUGCAAAGCCAGUUUCUGAGUCAAUAAUCAGUUCCAACUGGAAGAAACAGAUACCACAUUCAUCUAUUAAACUGGCAAAAACAACUUUCAAGCAAUAAUACCAAUUCUGGCAGGGGUGCAGUUAUACUAUUCCUAUCACAGACAGAACUGUAGGACUCUUCAGGAAAAUAACUUAAUAAUAUGCAUCCAAAGCCAUAAACAGUUUUGACCCAAAAGUCUCUCCUGUAACACCAUCCCAAAUCAAUGACCUUAAUGCCCCCCCAAAUCAAGAAGGGUCACUUCACCUCCCUGAAGAUGGAGAAGCUGAGGAAUGAAUGAAUAAGGAAACGGGGCAGCACCCCUCCUACUCAAAGGUGGGCAGGCCAUCAGGGCUGGUCUGAGUGGCAGGCUGGAGUCGGGAAGGGCAGGAGAGCAGGGUGGGCUGCGAGAGCACGCUCGGGAGCUGCAGAGGCACUGUGGACCCAGGGCCGCGAGAGGCCGGCCGGCCGGCCAACUGCCCUAACACUUCUGCCCACAGCAGGGCACAGCCACUGGGAAGACAGCUUUCCUGCACACACAGGUGUGUCUGGCAUCUUAGAGCCCAGUUCUCAACCCUGGCUGCUGAUCGUCCCCAGGGGAGGCUUAGGAAGGAAUGAUUCUAGGACUCGGUCAGUCCUCAGAGACUUGGACUCGACAGACCUGAGGCCAGAACGUCUGCGUUGUUUUUACCUCCCCAGUUAUUACGUUGCAUCCAGAGCUGAGAACCACUGUCUUGACCGGGUGCUCAGCCAGGUGCGUGACAAGGUGGCUGAGGGAACAGCUCCAAAGCCAGGCAGGCAGAGCAGCGCUUCACAAAUGCGCCUAUGCAAACGGGUCGGGGGCACCUUCUUAGAAUGCAGGGUCACAUUCAGCAGCCUGGGUGGGGGCUGGGAUUCGGCCUUUCUAGCAAAAGCUCCCGGGCGAUGCUGCCACAGUACCAGGCAGUGACACCUGCUCACCUGCAUCACACACCCAGGAGGCCCACUGUUGCUCAACCAGCUGGGGUCAAACCCGGACCAGCCUUUAUUUCCUAGGCAGCCGUGGCAACCUCCCCAGCAAUCACCUGGCAGCUGUGAAUUCUGGGCAAGGCGCUUGGUGACAUCCCCCUGCAAAGGGCUUUCUCGGGCAGCAGUGGUGACCCUCUAAGAUUGCAGUUUCCAUUUCCAGUGAAAGACAGGUAUUCCUAUAAGAAGCCCAGCUGCUGGGCAAUGGGAGUUACUGUACUUACAGCCUUUCUAAACAGAUCCAGCUCAUUCUCUGCAAAAUCUGAGGCCAUUUUAGAAAUUGAAGUUGUUGCAAGAUUCACCUAAAAAAUAAGUCAGCGUGAGGGUCAGGCUGUGCCCUUCACUUGUCAGUUAAUUCACUUGUUGGCGCUCUCUCCCUCCCUGCCUCCCUCCCUGCCUUGCCAGUCACGGAGCACCUGUGUCCCGGUACUGUGGGCCACAGGGAUAAAUUUGUAACCGGUCUUAUGUUACAGGCUUAAACCUAUAGCUCAGUCAGUAUGUCUAAUUUUCAGAGAUUUUAGAAUUCCCAAGAUCGUGCGAUAUCUUCCAAACUCAGAUAAAUUCAGGAAACUUGUCUGCAUGCUAAUGGAGCUUCAAAUGCAAAAGGCACUGGGAAGUCUGGCAGUAAAUAAAUCUGAUUUACCAAUUUGACCCAGCAUUUCCAUGUUAUUUGAUUCUAUAACCCUUUCUUCCAUGGACAACGUUUGGGAAACCCUGGGCUAGAGCCCCUUUCUGUGUGGGCCCGGUGGGUAGGAGCCUGAUCUCCCUUGACAGCCUAAGGUGGUUCCCGAGCCAAGGAUGGGGGUUUGUAUUUCACCUCCUCCCCUAGCUGGGAGGGAAAACCUGAAAACAACAGGAGGCCCCAAAUAUGUCUCAGUCCUUAGCGGCCAUGCACGUUGUUGCUUUUCCCAGCUUCUAUGUCUUGUUCUAAAUGAAAAGGCAUCUUAUCCCUUUCUCCCUCCAAGCCCUUGGUGAGGCGGGUGCACCUGCAUUCGCCCCAGUAAGGAGGGCACGGGGCUGUCUCCACCGCGGUCCCUCACACAUCCACCAGGGGGCUCUGUCUGCACUCACCAGCGCAUAAAUGGGUCUCCCGUCAUCUUCCGUGACGCCUUUCUUUAUCUCGAUAUACAAAGACUCCAAGACACUGUUAAUGUUGUUGAUGAAGUCCUCCAACUUCUCUACGGUAGCAGUGCCUGGAAAUAAACAGGCAAAAGCAAAAAAGGGGGAGGGUGCUCCAUCAAAAAAAGUGCAGCUUGUUUCGACCCCGCUGUCACCCUGAACACGGGACAGCAAAGCCAGAAAUGGGUGGAGGCCCUGGUCCUGUUGGGUGAGCGCCAACGCCUGUGGCUUCUUUCUUCCUGGAGCAAAGAGACAGCGCUGUGAAGUACAAACGCCUGGGAAAUGGCAUCUGAGCCUGCUGAGGUCUUCCUGUCUUGGCUGGCAGCCCUCGGCCUCCUCCCCAGCCCCAGUUCCCUGCCGCCCUGUCACUGUCCCCACUCAGCACCUCAGUGCAGUGGGUAUCACAGCCUGACUCCUCCGUAGAGCCUCUGCCCCUGCCUGUCCUCAUGCACGCGUCAGGUCCACCUCUAUCCUUCCUCCCUUUAUUCGACAUCCAAACACACAUGGAACACUGGCACACCUGUGCUGGCCCGGGGCUGCAACAGUGAAGAAUAACGACGACAGGGUAAGAACAGCAGCUCACACGGAGCACCCACCCCGGGGAAGGCCCUGAUCUGAGCACUUUUCACGCAGUAAUGAACCCAUCCUGCCUGCAGAGGGGGGCUCACUCACCCAGCGUUACACCGCCAGGCACAGCGAGCAGCGGGGAGCCCUGACAGCACGGCCACAGCCCCUGACCUGUAUGCCAGCCACCUCGUGCUGCCCCUGGUGACGCACAAGGCAGCAGCACCCUCUCCAGGGCCACCAGCCUGUCAGAGGAGGGGGUACGGACAGAGCCCGGGGAGCACCGCAAGGGGCUGGGGUAGAUGGACAGCAGACUGGCAGGGGAAAGAAGGACGGCUGGGAAGGCUGUGGCGGCAGCAGCAGGAAGCAGAUGGCCCAGGGCCCCACGGGCUAGGGGGCGUGUGCCUUUCCUCCUGUGGGACAUGGGAGCCUCUCAGAGCUGGAAGCACAGGAGAGACAUGGUCAGCCUUGGGUCCUGGAAUCACCCUGUUGUACUGUGAGACUUUUUUAAACCAAACGUAUGUAUUACUGUUUUCACUCAUUAAAAUAAUUAAUUUCAAAAG